ACCACCUUAUUAGGGUAAUCAUGCCAGAUGAGAUGAAGCACAUCAUCGGGGCGGAUACGACUCGUAAGGGAAUCCUGCGUGUGUUUGACAUGUUCCAACACGGACCAAUGAAUCGUCGGCUGGUCUACGUGCUGCUAGAAGGUUUCCUGGAGACCAUGUUCCCUCAGUACAAGUUCCCAGAGCUGUUUGUCAAACUGCACUCCCGUUCGCCGCGCACAGCCAGAUACACACAGAAAGUCAAGAGCACCUUCCUGAAGAGGUGACAGGAGACUGGGACUGGGCAGGGUACCAGGUGACACACGGCGAGGGAGGAGAGUUGUGGGGAGGGGUGUGUGUGUGUGUGUGCUGUUGAGAAGAGGUUAACGCGCGUGUGUGUGUUCUGCCCUCUCUAGAAGGGAUUGUUGGGACCAUCCUAGUUGUUAACUCUGCCCUGCUCUCCACUUCCCCUACGUGCCUCACAAACACACUCCUGUAGCACGAACAAACUGAUUUGGGUUUUAUUUUUUGUUUUAUGCUAACUGUUUUAUAGUAGAUGUGUUGUCAGACUGGGAGAGCUGRUCUGAUAUGCCCAGCAGGUGAGCUCACUUCCUGAUGCCAGGCCACGUAUACAGAAAUACAUGUACCGGUAUAGAAAUAGWUUGAUAGGGGAGGGGGGAAUAUGGCAUAGAGGAUGCCAUGGGUAGUGAGACAUGAAAGCGAGAAGGGAAGUGUCAACCACAUCCAGUUCUGCAAGGCGUUUGUUUGUCACUUUUUGUCAAUGUGACAUCAUCGUCCUGUCAUAAGGACACGAGGAGGCUGAGUUUGAUCUAAAGUCCACUCCCCCUUUUUAAUGCGCCUGUCAGUAGCCAUGACAACCACAGCUCUAACUGUUUGUUUGUUUGUUGACGGGGAUGAUGGACAGCUCUACUGUGCUUCAUGUUAAUCAUGUGGAAAGCAGAAUGAACAGCUCCCCUGCCGGUGAGGCCUGGGUAAUGGCCUGGGUAAUGGCCUGGGUAAUGGCCUGGGUAACGGCCUGGGUAACGGCCUGGGUAACGGCCUGGGUAACGGCCUGGGUAACGGCCUGGGUAACGGCCCGGGUAACGGCCCGGGUAACGGCCCGGGUAACGGCCCGGGUAACGGCCCGGGUAACGGCCCGGGUAACGGCCCGGGUAACGGCCUGGGUAACGGCCCGUUCUAAUGGACUGACACAGUCUAAUAGUAAUCCACUACAUUUUGGAAUGAGAAUGAAAUGACAGGGCAGACUGUGAAUGUUGCUGUCUGUAGAAGCAACUGUCUGUCGAGUAGAAUGUACUCGCUGGGCGUGUGUGUGUGUUUGAGAGUGUGUGUGUGUGUGUGUUUGAGUGUGUGUGCGUGGCAGUAAGAUGCAGCCCUCCCCAGUCAGACACUGUGCCAGUGUGGGCCCAUGCUAUAGUAUCAUACCACUAAGUAACAAAGAGAAAACACACUGAUAUCCCUGCUUUAUCACACUUUCAUUCAGAGAGAAUUUCAUUUUGUGCAAUAUUUUUAUUUGAUCCAUGAGUUUUUGAAUAAUUGUAUAAAAAUUGAAAAAUUGUAGAAAAGGUGAAAGAGUUCCCCCCCCUUCCCAAAGAAAUUCUAACCCAACAUUCCGUUGUAAAAAAACAAAAWAUCAACUUUUAAUUGCAGACUCGUUUUAUACGUAUUUUUUUAUUAUUUUUUACUCCUGAUGAAUGUGGUUUCCAUGCCGAUGUGUCAGCAAGAGUGAAGAGUGAUCUAGCCAGUCGAGCUAAAGCCUCUGGACGGGAAGCUAUAGUUCAUUGGUCUAGAGAUAUGGUGGAAGGACUUAUUAUGCAUAUGAACCUGUUGAUUGGAGAGUGAACAGAAAUGAUUCACUGRUGUAUGAACCAAUGACAGGAGAGACUUUGGGUCAUCUGUCCAAUCAAAUCGCAGGAAAGCCAUGUUUCUGUAAAAUCACUGCUAAGUAACGGAGUUAUUUCAUUCGCCGAACAGAGCUCCAUUCCACUGCUGCCAUUGGAUGGAACUGUCCCUCYUCUGCUGUGAUUGGCUGGCACUGAACAGCUCUAGACCUUGAUUGGCAGUGUGAGGACAUGAAAUCUGAGCUGUGUGACUUUUAAAAGGAAGUGGAUAUUUGUCCGCGGACAGGAAAGGUGACAAGGGGAACCCCACAGGACGUCAUCUUUAAAGCCUCCACUCUCUCCCAUUCAGGAUGGCUCGGCUAUUGAUGUCCACAGGGUUUACCCCACGUCAACAUGGUCCUGCGUUGUAUUAAUCAUUAAAUGAACGGGGCACAGAAUCUAACGGAGGAACACAAUCUGAGACAACACAGCAAGCAUCAUGUACAUUUGAAUGAAGCGUUGCUAUGAAAAGCCGGGAUCUCCUAGUACAUUAUGAAUCUAUGAUAAUGAACCGUGUGCAUAUCUGUGUACAYUACGUGUCUAUAGUGUGCCUAAAUGUUCCGUCAACUCUAUUUUCAUAUUUUUCUUUAACAAAAGAUGAGGAUCAAAAAGAAUGUCAUGGUCAUUUUAGACUGAAGAGAACUCUAAAGACUCUGGAGCCAGAGAACUCUAAAAGACUCUGGAGCCAGAGAACUCUAAAAGACUAGAAGCUGGGGUGGUCAACCCUCCUCCUAGAGAAUUUUUUUCUCCAACCCUGCUCUAUUCUAACACACCCAAUUUAACCAAUCAAGGUGUUGAGGAGGAGCAGCUGUUUAGCAGGACCAGGUGUGUUAGAGCAGGGCUGGAGCAGAAUCCUGCUCAGGAUGGGUAGCUCUCCAGGAGAACAGUUGGGAGACUCCUGUUCUGGGGUGUUUUUUUGCAUCAUGCUUAUCAAACUAUUCCUUUGGAAACGCUGAACUCAGAUCAGUAUAACACUAAUAAUAAAAUGGUAACUGACCAC